GUUGAGGCUGAGAUCCAAGUAUAAAUUGCCUCCUCUUCCUGCGUAUACAACAUUUAACAAACUAUACAAUGCUCUCCUCCAAGCUAUUCUUCCUCCUCUUUUCCUCAUUAUCAUCUGCCGCCGUUAUUCCACGGGAUAACAGCGUACCACCUAGCUACUGCUGCUUCACGCUCUCAGAUCCGUCAACUGGUAAAACCGUCCAGCAGAGCACAGAUUACGGUUUCCUCUACUUCGACGCAAGCCAGCCGUCAGGCUCGUAUUGCAUCAAUCUCGCGGACACUACUCGGCCCAUUCUGUGGGGUGAUGGCUUCAACAACGCUUGCAUCAUUGCCUGGGAUGGACACUUUCAGUGCCUUGAUCCUACUCCUGGUGAUGAUAAGUGGGCGCUAGGUCAUAAUGGCAGCAGUAGCAGCACUCCUUUGUUGCUACAUAAUGGCUCUCCCACUUAUCAAGCGUGCCCUAAUACAAGCGGAGGCGAAUUCAUCUCGUCUGGAGCUACAGGAGUAUCUGGAUGUAGGAAUAUCCAGCUGGAGGCCACAGGUCUCAAGGGAACAUGCACGGGCUUCACCAGUUAAACAGCCUCCACUUCAAACCAUUUGAUGCUGGCUGUCCAAAGUCAAGGCAAAGGACGGCGCAUCUUCACCGAAAGUUUACCCUUCGUUUCACACGUUAGAUUGCGCAGGAAACAGGGACUGGGUGUAGAUGUCUUCUCUCAACUUCUUUCAUGUAAAUAUUAUGCAG